GUUCUUUGUGCUACAGCUUCUCCCGAGCAACCUGCUAGUUUUAGUGUCAUCUAAUUUAGACUAAUUUCACUCACAAACAGACUGACUAAGUUACACUAAUAUUUUCACUAAAUCUAGCAGGUUGCUCGGAACUAGCUGUAGGUAGGUAGUUUAGGUUUGGAGAGCUGGCGGUAGGGUACUACUGUAGUCGCAGGGGUUUUUUGCUGUCUAGAACAUGGAGACUCUACAAAGAUGGGCCGCAAAGAACGGGGCAGAAUGGCCACGCCUCGAAGCGGAGGAGCGAACGAUGCGCUCCACAGAUGCUCUUGCCGCUGGAGACACGCUCAUGAAGAUCCCCUUCGCAAUGCUGAUGAAUGCUCAAAGGUCGUUCCAUGAGCUGCCGUUCGCUGCGGGAUUCCAGUGCCUCUCAUACGAGGGGGCAUCGGAGCGAACGCUACUCUGCCUCUUUGUGGCUUCUGAGCGUGCUAAAGGGGUGCGCUCCUUCUACUGGCCAUACUUAAGGAUGCUGCCACAGACCUUCUCCACCCCCCUGUGGUAUGGGGACGAAGAGAAAGCGGCGGUGGCGGGGACGCGCGUUGGGGCUGGCCUGCGUGCGGAGGAGGAGGCGCUGGACGAGUUGGUGCGCACGUGGGGCUAUAAGUUCCUCAACGCUGCGCGCAACGGGAUGAGUUACGCGGCCUCGCUGGGGGUGCUCGAGAUGACGUCAGACGACCCGAACGCUGGGCGCGCGGUCUACCGCGACCGCUACGACUCGUGCGAUUCGGACGGCAACGUCAAGGACGAUUCGGACGGUUCGGACCGUUGCUGCGAUCAGGUCAUCGACUGGUAUUACAGCGACGGGGGCGAAAUGGAGGAGCCAUACACCAUAACCGGAAACAGCCAACAGCAGCGCGAGCGCGACAAAAAAGGGGAUCAUACCCGGGACCCCGACGGGUCGGAGCCGGAGGAAAUGGCCACGCACGUGCGGAACAUGGACGUUGCCUGGGCGACGGUUACGAGAGAAAAUCUGAAGUGGGCGCGUAGCGUGGUGUUCUCGCGCGCGUUCACACUGAAGUGGUGGCCCGGGCACACGAUCGCGCUGGUGCCCCUGUUCGACAUGCUGGAUCACAGCCCCGGGGCGAGGCUGACGUGGCUGACUGACGAGGCCAAGCGCGUCGUCACGUUUUCGACGGACGCAGCCAUUCCGUCCGGCCAGGUCGUGUUCAACAACUACGGACAGAAGCCCAACGAGGAGCUCCUUCAGGGCUACGGUUUCGCCAUCCUGAACAACCCGGCCGAACGCUUUGUCGUGAAACUAGCGAUGGGCUCGGGCCGACCCAGCGACGACUCCGAAUCCGACGACGAAGAGGAAGACACGACGUGGCGGAAAGCCCUCAUCGACGGCCUCGGCGCGAGGUCGCUCGAGUUCAAACUUUCAAUGGCAGACCCACUGCCCGCAGCGUUUCUCGACGCGGCGCGGCUGCUGGCGAUGAACGAGCAGACGGCAUAUGCCUGCGUGCAGAAAAUGGACAAGCUCCGCGAGGGGGGGUCCCCGGCAGGGGGCGCCGGAGGGGGGGGAAACGAGGGCAAGACGAAACCCGCUUUGGGGACCGAGGGCGUGAUCCCACGGUACCCGUACCUCGAUUUGCGGGUGGUUGCCACGCUGACGUCACUUUUGGAGUGCUCGCGUGGUUCGCUGGCCGGGGGCAGUGUCGAAGACGAUCUAAAGCUGAUCGCGAUUCUAGAGAAGCGAAUGGUUCAGGGGAAAUCGAACGCUUCGGAGCGGGAUGCGGACGGCGAUCCGCCGGAAAAGCGGGCUCGGUCCGAACCGUCGGAUCUGGACAACGAUCCGGGGGAAGAGCCGGCGAGUGUGGUUGGCUUGAACAGAAUCGAAGAUAUUGAGGACGAGUCGAAGCGGAGCGAUUGGGAAACGGAAACCAGUGCGUCGGACCAAGAAAUAGACGAGGAAAUGCACGAAGAAGAAAGAAACAGUUGGCGGGAGGUGCGCGAGCACCGGGCGAAAUGGAAACUAGAGAAGCGGGAGAAUCGGAAGAAGCGGAGGGACCCGUAUGGGCACCGCGAGAUAUGGGCGCAGGAUGACGUCACCGGGGCGCACGCGCCGGAUGCGGCGGAGAGGUUGAAGUGGGCGAUUGUGUACAGAGUGGGCCAGAAACAAAUCAUUGAAGCGUCUCUCAACGCGCUCAAGGACAUGGCCGCGUCCAUCGUGACUCGCUGCUGCCCAGUGGUCUCCAAACCCGGGGGAUACAACCGAGAGCCAAACUACGCCGCCUGGUGCGCGGAAAAAGGCGUCCAGAGCUUCGCCGUCCAGGAACUGUGGCCGGUAAACGGCCCGGGGGGGCAAGUUGCCAGGUCCGAACCAGCAUCGACUACCCCCCCGAAUGUGUCCCCAGUUCUUACAACUGCAAACAACUCAGUUUUCGACGGCUUCACUCUCCGCCCCGCGCUCCGUGUCGCUCGUGACUGCCUCGCCGGGCAGAAGCUCGCCUUCAUCCCCGGGGGAUCCCUCUUGACCGGGGAAUUCCCCAAGGGACUCAAAAAGGUGCUUGAGGAGUCGGUGGGGGGGUCGGGGGCCGGGAAACCCGGGCGGAAACGAGUGCUCGCGCAGCUGAAGAAGUGCCCCGAAGACGUGGGGUUGGCGCUCUCGCUGAUGUGGGAGCGGUCGCUGGGGCCGCGCUCUGAGUUCGCCGCUUUUGUGGACACGUUGGUCCGACUGCCGGCGUCCGCGGUCACGUGGGACGACAGCGCCCUGGAGAAGCUCGCCGGCACGCACCUGCAUGACGUCAUCAGCACUCGCCGCGAGGACCUCCGAGAGCAGUACGAGCAGCUCAUCGAGCCCGCCAUCGACGCGCGAUGCCCCUCUUUCCGGGAAGCCUUUUCCGAGGAGCGGUUCCUGUGGGCGAUGCAGAUCGUCGACGUGUAUUCCGUCGAGGUACCCCCCGAAACGGGGGCCGAGGCCCGGGGGGGUAAACGAGUCCUGGCGCCAGUCCUGAGCUCCCUCCCCCGGCCGUUUGUGGGCGCCGCGGUGAAAGUCCGCUGGGGGGGCCCGCCGAAAGUGGCGAAGCCAGCGAAGAAGCGCCCGAGAACGGAGCCUUCCGGCGCCGGCGUGUCGACAAACGGAACGGAACCGGAACCGGAAAAGGAGUCGCAAGCCGCAGCCAGCCGAGCCCCAGGAGAUGCAUCAACCUCCAGAAGUGCGGACCCCCCCGGAAAGAAAAAGGCGGCCGGCCCGAAGCGCGGAGUGUGGCUCGAGACGGCGUGCGCGCUUUCCGGCGGGGCGCUCCUGCUGAACCCAACCGAUGGCAUCGACUCUGUGUCGCUCAUGCUCGACUUCGGGGCGGAUGCUGGGCCAUGCGUUUUGGCCUCCUCUGCUGACGUCACUCCCACGAUUACGCACGUCAGCAAGCCCUCAGUUAGCGGGGCCGCGCCCAGCGGCGACAUCUGUGCUCCUGUGGCAGCCCCUGCUGACGUCAGCACCGGUACUACGAGCGGACCCAGCGCCUCCGCUGCUGACGUCGCCUCCGCGGAUGACGUCAUCCCGGCGCUGCCGUGGGACUUUGCGUACUUCGAGUUCGGGUGCGCCGAGGGCGGCGGGCUGGAUUUUGGCCGCGAGGAGCUGGGCGGCGCGACGAACUUGUGCGGGAUCCACUACUUGGGGGAGUUCGUGGCGACCAGACGCUUGCUCGAUGCGAUGAUGGUCGCCACGAUUGGGAUCACCGACGAGGGGCGGUUUGAAGUGGAGCAGGCAAACGCGGUGAAGGAAGCAUGGAAAGGUUUGCAAGCGGUCGGCCCCCCGGAGUGGCGCGCGCGUGGCGGCACCGAUGAGGCCAAAGCGUUGGCGGAGGAGCACGAGAAGCGGGUCGCGGCCGCGAAAGCGGAGCUGAGCGCCCAAGUCGGCGCGUUUGAAGCGUAUCUUGAAAGUGACGAGGCACGACACGUGGCACUAGAGGCGGCGGAAGGGUUGCUCCCCGAGCUUCGGGAAAAUAUGGCUGGAGGGGAUGCGGAGAGUGACCGCGCGCUAUGGAAAGCAACUAGGGAGAGGAUGCGAGUGGGCGAAGCAGAGUUGGCGAUGUAUGCAGUGGAAAGCGUGGAAAGAAAGAUGGCGAUUACAAGAUUGACGGCGCAGGGUGUGAACGCAGCGGUGUAUGUGUAUCGGCAUCGGCAGAAGCGGAUAUUGGACAAGUGGAUACGGACGCUCAGGACGGAGAAGAGUGCUCUUGACGUCAUGAUGAGUGAUUCGUAGUGUUUGGAGAUGACGUUGAGGUCGCCAAAAAAGAAGAAGCGCGUUGGUGACAUGGAUCGAUCAUGUGCUUCUCUUUGACAUUUUGGUGUUCUCAGUUGCCAUG